GAGGCGGUGUGGCUGCAGAGAGGCGCUCAAAUGCUUCGCUCAUACGCACUUUAAACAGGAUGUAGCGACAGAGACAGACCACAGAGAGAAGAAAAAGCAAAGAGAAAAAAAAGGCGGAUUGAAUUGUGCGAUAUGACAAACGCUCCUGAGCCAGAAAUGAGCGCCACAGCGGAGCAGCAGCAGCAGACAGGAGGAGUCCCGAGGAGGCAGCUCACCGCCGGCAGGUCUUGACGGCUGCUCCCGCUGACCUGAGACACUCCAGCUCCGCCGCAGCAGCAGCAGCGCAGCGGUUCACACACACAUACACACACACACGGAAAAAAAAACCCCCAACAGAGCCGAAAUACUCCACAUCCCGUCUGGGGGGGACAUUGAAAGCGACCAUGGCGAGCCAGGGCGACUGCUGCGUGAAGGUUGCGUUGAGGAUUCGUCCUCAGAUGGCCAAGGAGAAAAUAGAAGGCUGCCAUGUGUGCACGCUGGUCACACCUGGAGAGCCACAAGUCCUCCUGGGAAAGGACAAGGCAUUCACCUAUGACUUCGUGUUCGAUAUCGAUUCAGAGCAGCAGCACAUCUACCAGGCCUGCGUGUACAAGCUCAUCGAGGGCUGCUUCGAGGGCUACAACGCCACCGUGUUCGCUUAUGGCCAGACGGGCUCAGGGAAGACCUACACCAUGGGGACGGGCUUCGACGUGAGCCUGACUCAGCAGGAGCAGGGCAUCAUCCCUCGGGCUGUUCACCAGCUGUUUGAGGGAAUCCAGAACAGGAGGCUUCGUGCCCAGGAGACCGGCUCCCAGCCACCCGAGUUUAAAGUCAGCGCCCAGUUCCUGGAGUUGUACAAUGAGGAGAUCCUGGACUUGUUUGACGGAGCCAGAGAUCCUGAGAGUCGGAGCAGGAAGUCCAACAUCAAGAUCCAUGAGGAUGCCAGUGGCAGCAUCUACACCACUGGAGUCACUUCUAGACUGGUGCACACAGAGGAGGAGCUGCUGCAGUGUCUGAAGCUUGGCGCUCUGUCCCGCACCACAGCCAGCACCCAGAUGAACGCCCAAAGCUCCCGCUCGCACGCCAUCUUCACCAUCCACCUCUGUCAAAUGAGAGUCUGUCAGCAGCUGCAAAUGCAGAACGGAGGAGGGGAGAACGGAGAGCUCAAUGGUGUGGACUCCAACCCCAUCGCUCAGCCGGAGUACGAGACGUUAAUGGCCAAGUUCCACUUUGUGGACCUCGCUGGUUCUGAGAGACUCAAACGCACCGGAGCUACAGGAGAAAGAGCACGCGAGGGAAUCUCUAUUAACUGUGGACUGCUGGCUCUGGGAAAUGUGAUCAGUGCUUUAGGGGAUCAGACCAAGAAGGGAGGCCACGUCCCGUACAGAGACUCCAAACUCACCCGGCUGCUACAAGACUCACUGGGAGGCAACAGCCGCACAGUGAUGAUCGCCUGCGUCAGCCCAUCAGACCGGGACUUCAUGGAAACGCUGAACACGCUGAAGUACGCUAAUCGCGCCCGAAACAUCAAGAACAAGGUGGUGGUGAACCAGGACAAGACGAGCCAGCAGAUCAGCGCCCUGCGUGCCGAGAUAGCCCGACUCCAGAUGGAGCUGAUGGAGUACAAGGCGGGGAAGCGUGUAGCAUGUGAGGAUGGUUCAGAGGGCUACAGUGACCUGUACCAGGAGAAUGCCAUGUUGCAGAGAGAAAACGACACGCUGCGCCUCCGAGUUAAGGCCAUGCAAGAGACCAUCGACCACCUCAACACCCGUGUAACACAUCUGCUGGCCAACGAGGUCAGCACUCUGCUCACCAAGUCAAGUGAGGGCAAUGAGGAGAUUGGGACUCUAAUACAGAACUAUAUUCGAGAGGUUGAAGAACUCAGAACCAAACUUCUUGAGAGCGAGUCCAUGAACGAAUCACUGCGACGCCAGGCGGCCCGGCUUUCAGCACGUUCUCCGUUCCCCGCCUCUAGCCUCAGCCCUGCCCCCGGUCACCCUCCUGGAUCCUCCCCUGCCCCCAUGUCCAUGGAGGCUGAGAUGACGGACGUGUUACGCCGAGCCAAGCUGGACAUCGAGAGGCUGAAGAAGAAGGAGAGGAGACAGAGGAGGAUGAGUCCAGAGUUGGAGAAAGGGCUGAAAAAACGAGUAAAGCUGCACACUCACGAGAACGGAGAGAACGGGCAAAGUGGAGAAAACGGACAGAACGGAGAGAUCGAUUCAGAUGACAAUUAUACCGAGGACAUCAUGUCUCCGCUGCAGGAGGAGAGUGGUUGUGAUGAGGAUGAGGGGGAGGACGAGGAGGAGUGCAGGGAGGAGGAGGAUGAGUUCGACAGUGAUGAGAGCCUGGUGGAUUCAGACUCGGACUCUGAUGAGAAAGCCAACUUCCAAGCGGACCUGGCAGAUCUGACCUGCGAGAUUGAAAUCAAGCAGAAGCUGAUAGACGAGCUGGAGAACAGUCAGCGGAGGCUACUGAUGCUAAAGCUGCAGUAUGAGGAGAAGCUCAUCCUGCUGCAAAACAAGAUCAGAGACACACAGCUGGAGAGAGACCGUGUGCUGCAGAACCUCAUGUCCAUGGAGAACUACACGGAGGAGAAGGCCAACAAGAUCAAACAGGAGUACGAGAAACGUCUAAAGGAGAUGAACCGUGACCUGCUCAAGCUACAAGCGGCGCAGAAGGAACACGCACGCCUCCUCAAAAACCAGGGGAGGUACGAAAGGGAGCUGAAAAAACUCCAGGCCGAAGUCAACGAGAUGAAGAAAGCCAAAGUGACGCUGAUGAAGCAGAUGAAGGAGGAGCAGCAGAGGAGGAGGAUGGUGGAGGCAAAGAGGAACCGGGAGAUCGCCCAGCUCAAGAAGGAGCAGCGACGACAAGAGUACCAGAUUCGAGCUCUGGAGUCUCAGAAGCGGCAGCAGGAGAUGGUGCUGCGCAGGAAGACGCAGGAGGUGACGGCCCUGCGGCGUCUGGCCAAGCCCAUGUCAGAUCGCGUGGCUGGACGCGUGGCCCGCUGGAACCAGACUCCCCCAGUUACAGACUCUGGAGCCGAGUUGUCAGCCAGCACAACGGCUAGCAGCUCCGAACCUGAGACGGCGAGGACCGUCAGCGGGUUGGUGCGGCAGUGGAACAACAAGAACAGCGUGUAUGGAUACCUGGGGGAGAGCGAGGGCAGCAUGGAUGGAACACGGGUCAUUGGGAAGAAGUUGCAGCGUAAACCACUAGGCAUUGGCAACAUUGGAGCCGCAGGCCGAGCCAGCAGUUUCUCCAAAUCUGCCCGUCAGAAGUGGCAAGCCCUGGAGCGUCGCAUUAUGGACAUAGUCAUGCAGAGAAUGACCAUCUCUAAUGUGGAGGCUGACAUGGAUCGCCUUAUCAAGAAGCGAGAGGAGCUGACGGUCCAGCAGGAAGCACUCUCACAUAAGAGGGAGGUACUGAUGGCGGAGGGGGAAGGACCCGAAGCUGAGGACCGCCUCCUUCAGGAAAUUAAUGAGGACAUUGAGGUGCUGAAUGCCAAUAUAGACUACAUCAAUGACAGUCUGUCUGACUGCCAGGCCACCAUUGUACAGAUAGAGGAGACCAAGGAUGAGCUGGACUCAGUGGACACAUCAGUGGUGAUCAGCUCCUGCUCUCUGGCUGAAGCACGCCACCUGCUGGACCAUUUCCUGAAGGCUUCUAUUGACAAGAGUUUACAGGUGGCUCAGAAGGAGACUCAGAUCCGACUGCUGGAGGGCCAACUGAGACAGACGGAUGUGAUCGGCUCGUCUCACAAUCACAUAAUCCUUGAUGCCCUGCGAGAAAAGGCAGAGUACAUCCCUGAACUCCAGGCUCUCAUUCACAAUGUACAGCAAGAAAACGGUUACGCCAGCACAGACGAGGAGCCCUCAGAGUUCAGCCAAGCCUCUGACAGCAGUGUAUCUCAGAUGAAAGAAUCUAACAGUCAAGAAGAUUUCAAAUUAAAGAUAGAGCCUCGUCUGUCAGCCCAGAUGAAGGCGGUGUCUGCGGAGUACCUGGGUCCCAUCCUGGACCCAACGUCGGGCAGCAAGCCACAGCACAUCACCAAGUCUCUGGCCUCACUGACGGACAUCCAAGAGGAUGGCUUGAGUCUUGUUACAGGAAGUCUGGGGCUCAGCUUGGCUCUACGAGACCCUUACCACAGGGACCGGGCGUCCCGCACCAUCAGCCUGCCUGUCAGAGGACACACCUUUCCCAGGCAGUCUCGGGGGUAUGAAACUUCCCCUUUAACAAGAAGGAAAUCUUACGACCGCGCAUACAGGCCCACUGAUGGCUACACUCCCCCUUCCUCCCCUCCUCUGAGGACCAGGAACGACCGCAACGUCUUUUCAAGGCUCACCAGCAACCAAACCCAAGGUUCUGCUCUGGACAAGGGUGUGAUCAAUCCCAUCGGGGGUGUGAAGGGGGGUCGGACGGCGCCCCUGCAGUGCGUGUCUGUUGCUGAAGGCCAUUCAAAGCCGGUUCUGUGCGUGGAUGCUACAGAUGAGCUGCUGUUCACCGGAUCUAAAGAUCGUACCUGCAAGAUGUGGAACCUGGUAACCGGUCAGGAGAUCGUCACCCUCAAAGGUCACCCAAACAACGUUGUGUCGGUCAAAUACUGCCCCUCCUCCUGCCUGGUGUUCUCUGUCUCCACCUCCUACAUCAAGGUGUGGGACAUCCGCGACUCUGCCAAGUGUAUCCGCACGCUCACUUCAUCAGGGCAGGUGGUUUCAGGUGAUGCAUGUGCCGGCACCACCACUCGCACAAUAACCUUCGCUCAGGGCGAGUGUCAGAUCAACCAGAUAGCGAUCAACCCGUCAGGAUCUGUGCUUUAUGCUGCAGCUGGAAACACUGUUCGCAUGUGGGACCUCAACAGGAUGCAAGCGAUGGGGAAGCUGACGGGCCACAUUGGCUCCGUCAUGUGUUUGACGGUGGGACAGUCUCUGCUGGGCAAAGACCAAGUGAUCACUGGCUCCAAAGACCAUUACGUCAAGGUGUUUGACGUAGCAGAGGGAACUAUGGGUAACGUGGGUCCGGCUCACAACUUUGAGCCUCCACAUUACGACGGUAUCGAGUGUUUGGCCGUACAGGGAGACGUGCUGUUCAGCGGCUCAAGAGACAAUGGCAUCAAGAAAUGGGAACUGGAGCAGCAGGAGCUCACACAGCAAAUCCCCAACGCCCACAAGGACUGGGUGUGCGCUCUGGCAUAUGUACCGGGCCGACCUAUGCUGCUGAGCGGCUGUCGGGGCGGCAUGCUGAAGGUGUGGAACGUAGAAAACUUUACUCCCAUCGGAGAGGUCCGAGGCCACGAGAGCCCCAUUAACGCCAUAUGCACCAACUCAAGGCAGAUCUUCACUGCGUCCAGCGACUGCAGGGUGAAGCUGUGGAACUAUGUGCCAGGUUUGACCCCGUGUCUUCCUCGACGGGUCCUGGCCAUCAAGGGCCGAGCCACCAGCCUCCCAUGAUUGCCUCUUCUCUGCUCACCAACCCU